AUGUUCAAAUUGGUGGUGUUGUCUGCUCUUUUGGCUGUUGCCAGCGCUGGAGUCUUCCAUGGUGCCGCUUACAGUGUCCCAACCGCCGUAAGUCUCCAAUCUAGGACCGAUGUCUUCAGCAAACCAGUUGUAGCAUACUCUGCUGCUCCAGUCGUUUCUGCUUACACUGCUCCAGUUGUCAAGACCAUUGCCGCUGCUCCAGUAGCUUACACCACUCCUUUGGCGUACAACACUUAUGCUGCUUACUCAGCUCCAGUUGUUAAGACCGUUGCUACUGCUCCAGUAGCUUAUACCGCUGCUGCCACCAUCCCAACUGCCGUAAGCUAUCAAUCCAGGACCGAUGUUCAUAGCAAACCAGUCGUAGCUGCAUACUCUACCCCAGUUGUAGCUGCUGCUUACACCGCACCAAUUGCCACCGCUGCUUACGCCGCUCCAGUGGCUUACAAAUACGCUGCAUCUCCAUAUGAUUACUCUGGGUACGGAUACGCCGGAAAGCUGGCCUACUCCCAUUAUUGA